GGCGAGCUGGAGGAGGAGGCUGACAUCACCCCGCGACGCAACCCUUUAAACCCCUCUCCCAGCCAGCGCCCCAUCCUGUCUGCCCAAGUCCAGACUCGAGACCUCAUUCCCUCCUGAGAGCCUGAGGAACCCCUGUAAGUGUAUCCAGGAACCCCUUGCUCCCCCAACAUGGCCAACAAGGGUCCUUCCUAUGGCAUGAGCCGCGAGGUGCAAUCCAAAAUCGAGAAGAAGUACGACGAGGAGCUGGAGGAGCGGCUGAUAGAGUGGAUCAUAGUGCAGUGUGGCCCUGACGUCGGUCGCCCGGACCGCGGGCGCCUGGGCUUCCAGGUCUGGCUAAAGAACGGCGUGAUCCUGAGCAAGCUUGUGAACAGCCUGUACCCUGACGGCUGCAAACCAGUGAAGGUGCCCGAGAACCCACCCUCCAUGGUGUUCAAGCAGAUGGAGCAGGUGGCUCAGUUCCUGAAGGCUGCUGAGGACUACGGGGUCACCAAGACCGACAUGUUCCAGACUGUUGACCUCUUCGAAGGCAAAGACAUGUCAGCAGUGCAGAGGACCCUGAUGGCCUUGGGCAGCUUGGCAGUGACCAAGAAUGACGGGCACUACCGUGGAGACCCCAACUGGUUUAUGAAGAAAGCCCAGGAGCAUAAGAGGGAAUUCACGGAGAGCCAGCUGCAGGAGGGGAAGCACGUCAUCGGCCUUCAGAUGGGCAGCAACAGAGGAGCCUCCCAGGCCGGCAUGACAGGCUAUGGACGGCCUCGGCAGAUCAUCAGCUAGACGGCUCGCCCGUGGAGCCCCCACCCCACCUCCAGCUUAGCCCGCUCACCCACACCUGUCCAGGUCCUCCAGCCAAGCUCUGAGGCUCCGGCACAGGGAAAGGAGACUGCACACGCGCAGCCCCCCAAUUCCAGCUCCCCGCGUCAGCCGACUCACCCAAAGCACCACGGCCUGGCCCCUCCUCCCAGCUGCCCCACCACCUCCUGUCUCUCCCCUUCCUGGGCUAAGCAGGGGGGAGCGAGCUGGGGGGAGCCUGUCUGUGGGGCCAGACCACAGUCUUCCUUGGCGGCAAUAGUCCACAGCAGGGGACCCAGCCCAGCCUCCCCCAUCUUUUCCUGGAAUAUUUUUGAGGUUGAAAUUCAAAAAGGAAAAAAAUACAUAUAUAUAUAUAUACAUCCA